CAAUAUCAAAUGACACACCAUCACGCCAUCUGCGCGCUGACACAUGCUUGGAUCGAUUAAUUCAGGUUUUCGAACAACGACUAACAGAGGGUGCAAAUAUGGAAAACUUUAAAUUAAGAGUUUUUGGUUGCGCUUCAAUUUAUCUUCGGAAGAAGCAAGAGUUAUAAAAAAGGUAAAACGCGAAUAUGAGCCUCAACGAUAAAAAUGAUGGAAUAUCUCGAGAAGAAUGGCAAUCACGACUAGAAACGUUUCCUUUCAAACAAGACGACAUCAAUAAACUUAUUAUGAACUAUUUAGUCACAGAGGGUUUUAAGGAGGCGGCGGAAAAGUUCCAAGCCGAAUCUGGUGUGGAGCCCUCCGUUGAUCUGAGCUCAUUGGACAAUAGAAUAUUAAUACGGGAGGCAGUACAGAAUGGACGAAUACAAGAGGCAACUCACCUUGUGAACCAGCUGCAUCCAGAGCUCCUUGACAAUGACCGCUACCUAUAUUUCCAUCUUCAACAAUUGCAUCUAAUUGAACUAAUUCGGGCGGGGAAGAUAGAAGAAGCUCUAACAUUUGCACAGACGCAGAUAUCAGAGGCAGGCGAAAGCAACCCGGAAGUGCUGAACGAACUGGAACGAACCCUUGCACUGUUAGCAUUUGAGAAACCACAAAACAGCCCAUUUGCCGACCUCCUCGAUCAGACGCACCGACAGAAAGUGGCAAGUGAACUGAAUGCAGCAAUACUCAAAAUGGAACAUCAGGAACAGUCCAGCCCACGAAUGAUCAACGUCCUGAAACUGAUUUUGUGGGCGCAGGCCGAACUGGACAAAAAAAAUGUCAAAUACCCAAAAAUGAUUGAUUUGGCGACGGCAACAAUUGAUCCAAAAUAAAUACAUAAAUUUUUUUGUAAUGCACCCUUUACUUCUAAACUUGGAGGAAAUCUGAAAAGAUAGCGCCGUGUAUGUCGUAGGAGUAGAACCAUACAUACGAAAAAAUGCUCAUCUCUGGAAAAGGAAGAAACUGAAAUUCGCUAACUUUAAAGCAUACUGAUUUGACAAUUCAAUUUAAAAGCUUGAAUAUUGUCUUUAGUUACAUGUUUAUAUUCGGAAUGAUUCCUUAUCCUUAAGCAUGUUUUGAGUUAUUCAAUAGAAAUAAUCAACAGGCAGCGAACCAGAAAUUUCCAAUAGGAAAUUCUCAAUGAACCAAUAAUUAUUGUGGUAGUAAAUGAAGUUAUCAUCUAAAAUAAAAGCAGCAUGUAUUAAA